AUGUUCGCUGCUCGCCAAUCCUUCGGUCUUCUCCAGAAGCGGGCCUUCUCGGCUUCUGCUCGCCAGGCCUCCAAGGUCACCGUCCUCGGUGCCGGUGGUGGUAUUGGACAGCCCCUCUCCCUCCUCCUUAAGCUCAACCCCCGUGUCUCUGAGCUCGCCCUCUACGAUAUCCGCGGUGGACCCGGUGUCGCCGCGGACCUUAGCCACAUUAACACCAACAGCACCGUCUCUGGCUACGAGCCCAACGAGUCUGGCCUCCGUGAUGCUCUCAAGGGCUCCGAGAUCGUCCUCAUCCCUGCCGGUGUUCCCCGCAAGCCCGGCAUGACCCGUGACGACCUGUUCAACACCAACGCUUCCAUCGUCCGUGACCUUGCCAAGGCCGCUGCUGAAGCUUCCCCCGAGGCCAACAUCCUCGUCAUCUCCAACCCCGUCAACUCCACCGUCCCCAUCGUCUCUGAGGUCUUCAAGGCCAAGGGUGUCUACAACCCCAAGCGUCUCUUCGGUGUCACAACCCUUGAUGUCGUCCGUGCCUCUCGCUUCAUCUCCGAAGUCCAGGGCACCGAUCCCGCCCAGGAGGCCGUUCCCGUUGUUGGUGGCCACUCCGGUGUGACCAUUGUUCCUCUGCUUUCCCAGUCCAACCACCCCAACAUUGACGGCGAGACCCGCGACAAGCUCGUCAACCGCAUCCAGUUCGGUGGUGAUGAGGUCGUCAAGGCCAAGGACGGUGCCGGCUCCGCCACUCUCUCCAUGGCCAUGGCUGGUGCUCGCUUCGCCGAGUCCCUCCUCCGCGCUGCUCAGGGCGAGAAGGGAGUUAUCGAGCCCACCUUCGUUGAGAGCCCCCUUUACCAGGACCGUGGCGUCAACUUCUUCGCCUCCAAGGUUGAGCUCGGCCCCAACGGUGUGGAGAAGAUCUUCCCCGUCGGUGAGGUCAACGCCUAUGAGCAGAAGCUCCUUGAUGACUGCCUUCGCGACCUGGCCAAGAACAUCAAGAAGGGCAUUGAGUUCGUCAAGUCCAACCCUUAA